UUACACAUAACCUUAUAUUAAACCAAUCAAAUUAUUUCACGAAUUUCACAAAUAUUUUUGUUUGUAAAUAAGCCGAAGAAAAAAUCUCCUUUUUUCCUGCAAUUAAAUUAAGUGAAGCGUAACAAAUUGUUGGCAAACAAUGCCACAAACUUAAUCAAGCUAGUCAUCAUCCAAUUGAUUAGGUCGAUGUGAGAAAAUAUAAAAUAAGUCUAAUUUAAUUCUUAAACCUUUGUUUAAUAUUUUAUUAUCUGGUUUUUGGUCUCUAAAUAGACCUAAACUGAUAUAGAUAUUUAAGUGAGUGCACUAUGUCAUAUCUAUAUCUUCUUCCAAUCUCUGUCUACGUUCUCUUCCAAGUCACCUUCCUGGGAACCUACAUUGCUGCCAUAGUUCAGGGUCAUGUAGUACCGGCCAUCCCUUACAUCAGCGAUGCUGCGACGUAUUCUCCUGAGAGCUGCGUCUUUGGUCAGCUGAUUAACAUGGGAUGCAUUUUGUUGGGUAUCGUCGUGUAUGUCAGAUACCGGCAAAUCUGCGUCUUAUGCGACUACCAUGCUGAUCUCCGGGAAUUCACAACGAAACUCAAUAACCGAGGCCUAUGGAUUGGAUUUGGGUCCUGCCUUGGCAUCAGUAUCGUUGCCAAUUUCCAGGAAACCAAUGUCCGGAUUGUUCAUCUGGUUGGAGCCUUCCUCUGCUUUGGUCUCGGUACCGUUUACUUCUGGAUCCAGGCUGUGAUCUCAUACUACCUACAGCCCUAUGUUGGUAGUAUGCUGAAGGCACACGUCCGGCUCUUCCUUUCUGUCGUGUGCACCAUCUUUUUCAUCGUUGUGGCUGUCACCGGGGUCAUCUCCCACAUCCUCUUCCGCGGAGAGGAUCCUAGAAAGUGGUAUCCAUCAGACGGAGGUUGGAAGUAUCAUGUGGCUAGUUCUAUAUCCGAAUGGGUAGUAGCCACUGCCUUCUGCUUCUACAUCCUCACAUUCACUGAUGAGUUCCGGAGUCUCUCAAUUGACCAUCCGACCAUUGUAAUCAGGGAGUACGAGUUCACAGGGGUAGCAGAUAUCGUUAUAAGUCAGGCACAGGACCCUCCAGAUCCACCGACCCCACCUCCUUCCCCACGAAACACUGCUGUACUCAUCUGAAUUUAUGGUUAUUUAUUUCUAGUGGUUAAUAAAAUGACAAAUUAAAGAAUUCUUUAUGCAGCAAGAAUUGACGGAAACACUA